GCUGCCAGAUGGAUUCACCCAGCUCCGCAGCCUGGCGCACCUGGCGCUGAAUGACGUCUCUCUACAGUCCCUGCCCAGUGAUAUCGGCAAUUUGGCGAACCUGGUGACGUUAGAAUUGCGAGAAAACCUUCUGAAAUCGGUGCCGACAUCUCUCUCAUUCCUGGUUAAGUUGGAACAUUUGGAUCUGGGGAGCAAUGACCUGCAGGUUCUGCCGGACACACUAGGGGCGCUGCCCAACCUGCGGGAGUUGUGGCUGGAUCGAAACCAGCUGACUGCAUUACCUUCGGAGUUGGGGAAUCUGCGUCGUCUUGUUUGCCUGGAUGUGUCGGAGAAUAAGCUGGAGCAGCUUCCUGCAGAGAUCAGCGGCCUCAUAUCCCUCACUGAUCUCCUGCUCUCCCAGAACCAGCUCAGCAGCCUCCCAGCCGGCAUUGGUCAGCUGAAGCAGCUCUCCAUCCUGAAGGUCGACCAGAACCGGCUGAGUCACCUGACCGAGUCCAUAGGGGACUGCGAGAACCUGAGCGAGAUCAUCCUGACCGAGAACCUGCUGACAUAUCUCCCAAAAUCCAUUGGUAAUCUGACCAAACUGACCAAUCUGAACGUGGAUCGGAACCGUCUGACGUCUCUGCCCGGUGAGAUUGGCGGCUGCUCCAGUUUGAACAUGUUGUGUCUGCGCGAUAAUCAGCUGACCGCCCUCCCGCCGGAGCUCGCCAACGCCACCGAGCUGCAUGUGCUGGAUGUGGCGGGUAACAGGCUGCUGAACCUGCCCUUCGCUCUGACCAACCUGAACCUGAAGGCGUUGUGGUUGGCGGAGAACCAGUCGCAGCCGAUGCUGAAAUUCCAGACUGAAGACGAUGAGAAGACGGGAUCCAAAGUCCUGACCUGCUACCUCCUGCCCCAGCAGCCGUCCCCCAGCAUCGAGACGCCGUUGCAGAACACAAUGGAUGACAGCUGGAUAGAUGGGAAUCUGAAUCGGGUCAGUGUCAUUCAGUUCCAGGAAGAGCUCAAACCGGAGGAGGAGGACGAUGAGGCAGCAGCAGAGCGGCGGGGUCUACAGCGGAGAGCGACCCCGCACCCCAGUGAGCUGAAGGUGAUGAAGAAAGGAAUCGAGGAGCGACGCAGCGAGGGCUACAUCGCAAAACCGGACAGUGAUGAGGAUAAACGUCUGAGUGGAGGCUCCAGUCUGAGCGGUGAAUCUCAGCGCAGCGGCAGCACCGUCUCUGCCGGUUACCAGGAGGAUCGUCUGCUCCUAGAACUGGGCAGAGCAGAGGAACCUGAGGAGGAAGAAGAGAUGCCGGCCUAUGAGAUGGAGGUGGAAUACAUGGAGCACUCGGUGCACUUUGCUGAGGAAACCUUAGUGCACUGCGAUGAUGAGGAUGAGGACUUUGAUGAGGACCGGGGGUCUCCAGGAAAGAAACGUCUGAUCCGCAAGGACACCCCCCAUUAUAAGAAGCACUCCAAGAUCACGAAGCUGCCCAACACCGAGGCGGUGGUGGCACUACUGCAGGGACAGAGCCCCCGCGCCCUGGAUGAGGACACCAACCACAGAGGAUUCUUCCAGAGCUCGCAGCAAGACGAAGACGACGAGGAGGAGACCGAGACGGACUGGCCUCUAGAGGAGAGCAAAGAGGAGAGGCACCACAGCUCCCAGCAGAAUGUCAAGGGUGUGUCGUUUGACCAAGUGAAUAAUCUUCUGAUUGAGCCCGCUCGGAUAGAGGAGGAAGAGCUUACACUCACCAUCCUGCGGCAGACGGGGGGUCUGGGCAUCAGCAUUGCGGGGGGCAAAGGGUCCACCCCCUACAAGGGAGACGACGAGGGGAUUUUCAUCUCGCGUGUGGCUGAAGAGGGGCCGGCGGCUCGUGCUGGGGUGAGAGUGGGGGACAAGCUCCUGGAGGUGAAUGGUGUGGACCUGCACAACGCUGAACAUCACAUGGCGGUGGAGGCGCUGCGCAGCUCCGGGAGCUCGGUCUCCAUGACUGUGUUGAGGGAGCGGAUGGUGGAGCCUGAGAACCCGAUCACGGUGACGCCCCUACGCCCUGAAGAUGAUUAUAAUCCUCGGGAGAAACGUGUCAUCAUUCCUUAUACAGAGGAGGAGGAGGAGGAGAUGCCGCGCAGCCGCAACCAGCGCAUCUCCACCUGUCUGAUGCGACAUGAUAAAGGCCUGGGGUUCAGCAUUGCCGGUGGGGUCGGCAGCACCCCCUACAGGGUCGGAGACACUGGUAUAUUCAUCUCAAGGAUCGCAGAGGGCGGAGCCGCACACAGAGACGGAGCGCUCAGAGUCGGUGACCGGGUGCUGUCG